AUGAACGCAACGAAAAAGAAAUAUUAUGCCGAUUUUCGGGAGGCUGAGCUUAUCGGAGUUAUAUCUGCUGCUAUUGUGAAAACAGCUAGUGCUCCAAUUGACCGUGUCAAAAUACUAAUACAGAAUCAGAAUGAGUUGAUCAUGAAUGGUCGGCUUUCAGAACCAUACAAGGGGAUAAAAGAUUGCUUUGGCCGGAUUAUCAAGGAUGAGGGUGUCAGCACUCUGUGGAGAGGAAACACUGCUAACGUUAUCAGAUACCUUCCUAGCCAAGUGUUAACCAUUGGCUUCAACCAUUAUUACAAGGUUCUUUUCAGCUGUGAUAAUCAUCUUGUGGGGAACCUAGUAUCAGGUGCUGCUGCUGGUUCUUCGUCUCUUUUUUCGUUGUAUUCUCUCGACUAUGUAAGAACACGUUUGGCAAGUGACAUCAAGGCCACAAAGGGCGGUCAGAGACAGUUUCAGGGUUUGAUUGAUGUCUACAGAACAGCCGGUUUUCAAGGCACAUACCGGGGAUUCAAUAUCUCUUUUGCUGGGGCUGCUGUGUACCGCGGCCUCUACUUUGGACUAUACGAUUCUUUGAGACCUCACCUUGCUGAUAGGGCUAAUUUCUUUUCUUGUUUCUUGCUGGGAUGGGGAGUUUUCACGACUGCUGGAUUGGCAUCGUACCCCAUUGACACAGUGCGAAGAAGGAUGAUGAUGACCUCGGCAAUUUCAGAGAAUGCUGCUUUUGCUACAUUUAGGAGAAUCAUAAGAGAUGAAGGUGUUAAGUCUCUGUACAAGGGUGCCGGGGCAAACGUAUUACGCGGUGUUGCAGGUGCUCUUAUGCUUGCUGUCAUGCUGUGUAUGACAAGCUAA